UCGAGCUUAUAUCUGAAAAAACCGGUCUAAAUGUCAAUGAUAUAUCGUCCACAUUACAAUGGUGUGGUGCAUUCAAAAAAUGAAUAAAGAAUGGUUACUGGAAUUCAAACAAGAAGAAAUCGAGCGUUGUCUACAAAACCACGAAUCUCAUUAAAUGAAGAUAAUCUAAUAUGGGAACCGCUCAUAUCAAAAGAACCUCAAAUUUCAGUAAAAAAUGAUGAAGUAUAUAAUGUCCUGUUCUAUGAUGAUGCAUUAGAUCAAAAUAGUUUAAAUAAAUCUAUGAAAAAUGGAAUACAGUUACCGGGUAAAUUGAAAAAGAAACGUCGUCGUCGGUGGAAUAAAGCAUAUAAUCAUACACCAACACCAAAACGCCGGAAAAAGAAAACAACACAUGGAGAAGAAGCUACUGAAUCUGGUAAUCAAAGGAUUUCCGAAGAUGAUGAAGAAGUUGAUGAUGAUGAUGAUGACGAUGAUGAUGAGGAUAGUCGAAUGGCAUUUGAAAAUGAUACGGAGGAUGAUGAAGAUUCGGAUGACGUAGAUGAUGAAAAUUAUGAUGAAGAUGAAGAAGAAGAAGAAACAAUAAAAAAUGACUCUGAGAUUGUUACGAAUGGUAAUAUCGAUUCGACGACUACAUCGUCGCCACAUCAUCGGACCAGAUCAACUGUGAACAAUCAUGAUGAAUCUAGCUGUGAUAAACCAAUGACCUUAGUUAAUGGUCAUCAUCAUCAUCUUCGAAAUACAAAUAGUUCAGCUACUGCUGCUGCUGCUGCUAUUGUUACAGAAGAUUCAAAUUCAUCACCAUUGUUCAAAGUUCGUCGUCGUAAACGAUCUACAUCACGAUCACCUUUUAAACGAUUAAAACUAGAUACAUCGUCAUUAUCAACACCAACUAUGGCUAAAAUGUCAAGUCCAUUAACAAAUGGAAAUCAUAAAACCAUCAAUGGUAAAUUACCUGUCAGAAAUCUAUCUAAUCUAUGUGGUGAUGAAAUCAAUGACGUUGGCGAUGACAAUGAAGACCAUCAUCAAGAUGGUGAAUCUUCGUCCGAUUCAAAUUCCAAUGUUUCUAAUAGUAAAAAUGAAAAUCGAACAUCAUCAACAACAUUGAUAACGAUGAAACAACAACAUUCAUCUCCACUAAGAAAUCAUCAUCAUUCACCACGAAAUCUUUCAAAUGGAGUUUGCUGAUCAUAAAUGGACUAUCAGCUAUUAACAAAAGUCCUGUUUUUUUUAAAUUUGUAAAUGAAACCAACAUACACACAUGAAUAACAUCAGUUAAAAUAGA